AGAGUAUCCCUCCCCAGCUCGCAUGCUCGAUCCCGGAGGCUAGAGCGUCCUCCUCGGUGGAGCCGCGUGUGACCUUCCAGCCCGCGCACCGAUGCUGCCGGCGGCCGCUCGCCCCCUGUGGGGGCUGUGUCUCGGGCUCCGGGGCGCCGCGUCCCGCCUCGCCAGGUCACAGGGGCCUGCUGUCCACGCUGCUCGCCAGAUGAGGUGCACCAGCCACCUCAGGGCGGAGGCGCUGGCCGGUGCCCCUCUGGAUAACGCCCCCAAGGAGUACCCCCCCAAGAUCCAGCAGCUGGUCCAGGACAUCGCCAGCCUCACGCUCCUGGAGAUCUCCGACCUCAAUGAGCUCCUGAAGAAAACGCUGAAGAUCCAGGAUGUCGGGCUGAUGCCUGCAGGCGUGAUGCCUGGGGCCACCCCUGCUGCAGCAGCCCCUGAGGAGGCCGAGGAGGACAUCCCCAAGCAGAAGGAGCAGACGCACUUCACCGUCCGCCUGACCGAGGCCAAGCCUGUGGACAAGGUGAAACUCAUCAAGGAAAUCAAGAGCUAUGUCCAGGGCAUCAACCUGGUGCAGGCCAAGAAGCUGGUGGAGACCUUGCCCCAGGAGAUCAAAGCCAAUGUGGCCAAGGCUGAGGCGGAGAAGAUCAAGGCGGCGCUGGAGGCGGUGGGCGGCACUGUGGUGCUGGAGUAAGCCGGAUCCGAGGACUGCAGGGCCUGCAGCCCCAGAGGCUUGCCCGGUGCCUGGCAAGGCCCGGGCCCGGGGCUGCAGCAUGGACUCGUGGCACUGGCUGCCAGCCCACCUCCAUUUGGGAGGGAGGAGUGGACCUGCGGGGCGGGCCGGGCGGCGGCUGCCCCUGCGGGCCCCGGGGAGAGGACUUGAUGUCCAGCAGUCACAGAGCGGCUCCCAUGGCCUGCCUGCCAGUGGGAAAUACACUGUGGAGACUCGGA